GAGCGGAAACAAGUCUACUGCGUUAGCACAUUUCAUAACCGGGCACCGCCCUCAAGGCGCUUCCGAAACCUAUAUAAGCGCGGCGCGUGAAGGGUCAGCACCUUCGACCUCAAGGAGCGUCCAGCAGCACGCGGCGUCCGGCGAGCCCAGCGCCGUGCAAUCUCUGUGCUGUUACGUCACCUGAAGCCGCUGAGUCGCGUCGGAGGUGUCGCAUUGGGGUCUCCGAACAGUGGGCACCGGGCGUGAGACGUCGCACCUUCCCAGUGAUCGCGUUGGCAGCGGCGGCGCGCACUUCUCAUGGACGGAUCGCGCCGCACGGGAGCGCGGCCGUGCGCCCGGGAGCUGGCCAACCCGCUGUCAGCCGUGUUCUUCGGGUGGACAUGGCGCAUUUUCCGCAACGGGCUAAAGCGCGACUUCACCGCCAAGGACCUCGACGACCCGCUGAGCGAGGACCAAUCGCAGCUGCUGGCAGAUCGACUUGAGAGGGAAUGGCGACGUCAAGUGGAAGCGUGUGGGGGACUGGAAGGAAAACGCUCACCCAGCCUUCUAUGGGCCAUCGUCAAAGUGUUCGCUGCCGAGUACAUCUUGCUGGGCCUCCUGGUUUUCACGCAUGGCAUUCUCCUUGGGGUGGUGCAGCCGCUCCUCCUGGGCCUGCUGCUGGACUACUUCGCGGCGCCGGCUCAGGAGAGCAGGACAUUCGCCUUCCUGCACGCGGGCGGCAUCGUGGGGUCGACGGCGCUCAACACGCUGCUCUACAGCCACUACGCGCUGGGGUCGUGGCAGCUGGGCAUGCGCAUGCGCACGGCAUGCUGCGCCAUGCUGUACCGCAAGGCGCUGCGCCUCAGCCAGACCGCGAUGGGCGGCAUCCCCGUUGGCCAGAUCGUCAACCUGCUCUCCAACGACGUCGGCCGCUUCGACAAGGUCACCAUGUUCCUGCACUACCUGUGGCUGUCGCCGCUGCUCACCACCUCGGCCGUGCAUUUCAUGUACCUGGAGGUGGGCUGGCCCGCCUUCGUCGGCGCGUUCACGGUGCUGGCCGCGCUGCCGCUGCAGGGCUCCAUGAGCCACUUCUCGGCCAUGUACCGCUCCAAGACGGCCUACCGCACGGACUACAGGGUGCGCCUAGUCGACAACAUCGUGUCGGGCAUUCGAGCUAUCAAGAUGUACGCCUGGGAGAAGCCCUUCAUCGGGCUAGUCAACGCCGCCAGACGGAGAGAAAUUGGCUCUCUGAGAAUCACCUCGUACGUGAGAGGCCUCUACAUGACCCUCAGUCUCUGCACCACCCGAACGGCCUUCUUCUGCACAAUGAUCGUAAUGGCACUGUACCACGAGAACCUCACGAGUAGAAAGAUAUUUGUACUGCAGUCUUAUUUCAAUGUGCUGUCUCAUGCAGUCUCGGUGAAUUUUGGACGAGGUCUGACUGAAUUAGCAGAAGUAAGAGUUUCUAUAAAAAGGAUACAGGAGGACCGCUACCGGCGGCGGUCGGUGCUGAGCACGUGCUCCGAGCAGAACGGCCGGCCCGUGUUCGAAGAGCCCUCUACCAGCUCAGAGUAUCAGUUCGACGGCGAGGAGGACUUCGCCGUGUCCUUGAACGGCGUCUCGGCCAAGUGGGAGCCGCGCAACACCAAACUCACGCUCGACAACAUCAACGUCUUCCUCAAGAAGGGCACGCUCACCGCCGUCAUCGGGCCCGUUGGAUCCGGGAAGGCCAUCCUGGGCGAGCUGCCGCCGCUGGAGGGCGGCGUGGUGCUGCGCGGGCGCGUGUCCUACGCCAGCCAGGAGCCCUGGGUGUUCGCGGGGACGGUGCGCCAGAACAUCCUUUUCGGACGGCCGCUGGAGCGCGCGCGCUACGAGGCCGUGCUGCGCGCCUGCGUGCUGCACCGCGACCUGGCGCAGCUGCCGCGCGGCGACCUCACGCUCGUCGGGGACCAGGGCGUCGCCUUGUCCGGCGGCCAGCGUGCCCGCCUCAACCUCGCGCGCGCCCUCUACAGAGAUGCCGACAUCUACUUGCUGGACGAACCACUGGCGGCGCUCGACACCUGCGUGGCACAGGAGCUCUUCGAGAAGUGCAUCUGCAAGUUCCUGGCCAACAAGACCACGCUGCUAGUUACCAACCACCUGCACUACGCCCAGCACGCGGAUCUCGUCAUCUCAAUGGAUCGGCAGGGUUGCGCGUUGGCCGGCCGGGGUGACCUCAAGGCGUUCUCUCGGCCAGGGCCCUCCUCUGGUGUGAAGUUAACCAGCAGAGAUUCCAAUGAGAAGAUAGACAUACAGGUACUUCCUUCAAAAGGGAGCGCGCCCGAAGAGGACACGUCCUGCUGGGCGUUUGACUCGAUGGAGGAGUCUUCUAAAGGUCAAAUACAAGGAAAAUCUGUGUACAAAGAAUACGUACGCAGUGGAUCAAAUAUAUGCAUAAAUUUAACAUUGGCUUUUCUUUUUCUGAGUACUCAAAUUCUCGUCUGUGGUGUAGACUACUUCGUUUCCCUGUGGACUUAUCAAGACGAACUUAGAGUGAGGCGAGAGACUGUAAUGCAAAUAUUCAACGAAAGCAUAACCCAACCACAGUUCUGGUACAAUCUUACCAAUCACAAAGCAUCACUGCAGGACGUCCCGAAGCCUUUUCUCAGCCUGGAGCUGAGCAUAAUCAUUUACGCUUCGCUAAUUUUCUCUCUCUUCACUGUGACUCUCGUGCGCUCGUUCGCCUUUUUCAAGGUGUGCAUGCGGUGUUCCAGUAAACUGCACGAAAGGAUGUUUCUGAGUGUGUUAAAGACCAGGAUUUCGUUCUUUGAUUCUAACCCCGCAGGCCGAAUUCUCAACAGGUUUACAAAAGACAUGGGCACUGUUGACGAAGUACUCCCGAGGACUAUUCUGAACGCAAUUCAAAUAAUUAUGCAAAUGAUGGGAUCCAUUGCUCUUACUUUGACUGCAAAUUUUUACUUGCCAAUACCUGUUCUGGUUAUGGGAAUUAUAUUUUGGUACAGCACAAUGAUCUACCUCAAAACAUCAAACAACCUAAAACGAAUUGAGGGCAUGACAAAAAGUCCAGUCUUCUCUCACUUCCAUGCAACCAUGAGAGGAUUGCCCACAGUUCGCGCCAAUGAUGCUCAAGGAGUUCUAUGUGAAGAAUUCGAUAAGCAUCAGGACUUGCACACAUCUGCGUGGUACACUUUCAUGGCGGCAUCAACUGCAUUCGGCUUCUUUCUCGACUGGAUGGUGUGCAUCUUCAUCGGAUUUAUCACGUUUGGAUCACUAUUCAUGGAAGAUCAUAUGUCGGUGGUGAUCGGGGGCCAUCCGGGGCUGGCCAUCACGCAGUGCAUGGCACUCUCCGGCCUGCUGCAGUGGGGCGUGCGCCAAUCCGCAGAAGUCGCCAACAACAUGAUGAGCGUGGAGCGCAUCGUGGAGUACAGUUGCCUCGAGGCAGAGCCUGAACCUGACACCAAAGGUGCAGUCAUAGAUGCUGAAUGGCCAGAUCUCGGAAUGAUAAAGUUCGACAACGUGUUCGUCCGGUACAACGAAACCGACCCUCCAGCAAUCAGAAACUUGAAUAUCUUGAUUCAACCAGGACAAAAGGUGGGCAUCGUGGGUCGCACGGGCGCAGGCAAGUCGUCGCUGGUGGCGGCGCUGUUCCGCCUGUGCUGGGCGCUAGACGGGCGCGUGGUGGUGGACGGCGUGGACACGCGCCAGGUGCCGCUGCACGACCUGCGCAGCCGCAUCGCCAUCAUCCCGCAGGAGCCGCUGCUCUUCGCCGGCAGCAUGCGCCUCAACCUGGACCCCUUCCAGGAGCACGCCGACGCAGACCUGCUGCAGGUGCUCAACGAGGCGAGUUGCUUAACUUACUUCAGACUAACUUAUUACUUCUUCUUCCUAGAUUUAAGUGUCGUGCAAUUCCAAGUGGUCCAAGCAAUAGUUGAAAUUAAGGGAAUGUUUUGUGUAGUUUCGAAUACUGACGCCCUCCUCCAGAAGACGAUUCGCGAGAAGUUCCGGUCGUGCACCGUCCUGACGGUGGCGCAUCGCCUGGAGACGGUGAUGGACUACGACAGGAUCCUGGUGGUGGACGCGGGCCGCGCGGUGGAAUUCGACAAGCCGCAGAUGCUGUUGAAGAAAGUGGGCGGCUACCUGUACCGGAUGGUGCACGAGAACUCGCCCGGCGUCAAAGAACGCUUUGCCAGGGAUGCCAGUUAAAUGGCAGACUCGUGCCAAACGAGAUCUUCAGAAACGCCAGAUGUGAUGACUGAUUACUUCCUGUUGUUGAAACAAGAAUAUUUUUACAUUUAUCAUGUUUAUUAUUUAUACAAUGAAAUUGUAUGUUUUUUCUAGUCUCGAAUAAAUAUUUUUCUUAUCCUUUAAAA